AUGGAAGAGGACACCCUUGAUGAGGUCCUUUCAUGUUUCAGCGAUAAACGUUUGGGGCUAUGGGGUGUGGCCCAGCUGACAGCAGGAACAGGACUGGCUGUCUAUGCAGUAUGGGCAGGGCUCCUGAUGCCAGGGUUCCGUAAAGUGCCACUCAAACUCCAGGUGCCAUACCUGCCGGCCAGUAGAGCACAGGUAGAUAACGUGAUGUCAUUGCUGAGAGGCCGAUCUGGGAGUGUGGCUGAUCUGGGCUCAGGUGAUGGUAGGAUUGUGCUGGAGGCGUGCAGACAGGGCUUCUCUCCUGCUGUGGGAUAUGAGUUGAACCCUUGGCUGCUCCGUGUCGCUCGGUUCCAUGCAUGGAGAGCAGGGUAUCAUGGGAAGGUUUUGUACUGUCGGGAGGACCUGUGGAAGGUUGAUCUGUCCAGCUGUAAGAAUGUCACAGUAUUUCUGGCUCCCAGUGUGCUUACCCUUUUGCAGGACAAGCUGUUAGCAGAGCUAGCUGAUGAUGCGUUGGUUGUCACUGGUCGUUUCCCAUUUCCUGAUUGGGCUCCAUGUAAGGUUGAGGGGGAGGGGGUUGACCGGGCUUGGGCCUAUCACAUUCAAGUGGUGAGAAAAAACAGCCAGUUGCGGCACAGCAAGGUAGACGAACCACCUGAGACCAGAAUCAAGUGAUCCAGUACAGGAGGGGCAAUUUAGUCUCU